AUGGACACACAGAAAAUCAUACUCGUCACCGGCGCCAACCGAGGCUUGGGUUACUGCAUCGUCAGUGUCGCCGCCGCCCGACAUCCCUCUGCACACUUUAUCCUCGCCUGCCGCAGUGUUGAGGCGGGCAACAAGGCUGUUGAUGAGCUCAAGAAGAGUGGCAUCACAGCAUCAUUGGAGGUGUUGAAGCUCGACGUCACCAAAGAUGAUGAGAUAGUUGCAGCGGUCGAUGCAGUGACCGCAAAGCACGGUCGAUUGGACGUGCUAGUCAAUAACGCCGGCAUCUCCCGUUUUUCCCAAGACAGUUCGCUGCCUGCACUCCGUGCUGCCUACACAGAUAUGCUUAGUGUCAAUGUCUCGUCAGUGGCCUGUGUAAGCGCCGGCUUUCGACCUCUGCUCGCCCAGUCCACCCAGCCAAAGGUGAUUAACAUUACGUCUGGUCUAGGCAGCAUUACCAACUGCCUAACAAAGAAGAUGCAUAGGUUGCCGCCGUAUGGCACGUCCAAGGUGGCUGUCAACGGGCUGACAGCACACCUCCAGACAGUCGAGAAUGACCGUGUGACUGAUGUUGGUAUAUUCGGGGACGGCGGUCCUAAGGUGAAUUACUAUUCAGCCGCACCUGGCUUCCUUAAAACAGCCUUUACACGGUUCAAUGAGCGGGGAAAGGACCCAUAUGCAGGUGCCGAAGUGAUCGUCCAGCUUAUCCAAGGCGGUCCCGGAGAGUAUCCAGGUGGCACUCAGUGGGAAUUCGAGCAGGGAAAGAUGCAACGGGUUCCGUGGUGA